UACAUUUGCCAUGCUAAUUUGUAGCAGGAAUGUUUAGCUUAAAAUUAUGUAUUUAAUAGCCUUAAUAUCCCAUAAACACAUUUUAAAUGGCACUUUACACCAUUCUUUUUGGAGUGAGCAUAUUUUUAAUAGCGUUGGUGUCAGCUAUAAUCAAGAAAAUGUUCUUUCAUUGGAAAGAGGAGCACAAAAUCGAAACAAUGAUGGUGCCAACUUAUAUGGAACAUCCCACGGUCAGUGUUAUAAUAAUAUGCGACAAGUGCGUGGUCCGCCGUCGAAAGUUUGCCGAUAACCUGUCCGUCUUCGAUAUUAUCAGUAAGAGCGAGAUGAGCCUGGCCAAAGAAGACGAUCCGGAUGCACCGCCAUCGCUGGCUUCGGACACACCUGAGACACGCCCGUUAGAAACUAUAGAACCAGGGGCAGAAAAGACCGCAAAACCCUAA